GCUAUGUACGGCAACUCCACUUGGACAAACCACACGCUGCAAUAUCAUUUCCCGGCAAGAGCAUAACAACAGAAACGUAGAUACCUGUGGUCUGUUUCAGCAGCUACAGGAGGAAAAAUAACCUCGGGGGGGUGUCCAGUCUGUUAAUAUCAAGUAAGGCAAGUCGUUUGGUGUAACAUGUCCUCUCCAGAGAUCGCCUCUCUCUCCUGGGGCCAUAUGAAGGUGAAGGGAUGCUCCUCCAGCUACAAGGACUGUAAGGUCUGGCCUGGAGGCAGCCGGGCCUGGGACUGGAGAGAGACUGGGACUGAUCAUUACCCAGGAGUACAACCUGCUGAUCUGGAGGAGGUGCUGAAGAAGGGAAUAGACUUGCUGGUCAUCGGCAGAGGCAUGAGUGAGGCUCUGCAGGUUCCCUCCUCCACUCUGGACUUUGUGAAGCAGAAAGGUGUUGAUAUCAAAGUCCUGCAGACAGAGAAGGCUGUUGCUGAAUACAACAAACUAGCUGGCAAGGGUGCCAAGGUGGGUGGGGUCUUCCACUCCACCUGUUGAGGAUUUAACCCUCCGAUUUGCUGCACCAAAUUCGAUGACCUCCACAACACGGGGGGCAGCUUGUAGUGCACCACUGCCCGCAGUCUCUGUUUGAAGUGGGCACUUUAAACCAGCCCAGGAUUUACUAUCUGAACUGAGAAAGAGAUCUGGAGCUAACAGAAAUCUUUUUAAAUCAGUGAACUCAGACAGAAGACAUUGAUAUAUUUGACUCCAGCUGCAUUCAGGAUGAUGAGGAUUGAAUCUGGUUAAUUUAAUACUUGUGUAAACAGUGUGGGAUUCAGUUUGUUACUUUCUGAUCAGUUUUGAGGAAAAUAAAAGUGCAGUGACCACUUUUCAUCAGUCAGGUAAAGAAGACACGGAUCAGAGGUGACGCUGUUGAUUGAAGGGAGUGAAUGAAUGUACAGCAGUUUUCAUGAGGUGAGAAUGUAGUUCUGCUUGUCUGCUACACAAAAUAAAAAGAGAAAAUGAAUCAUCUCCACCACCAGUUUGUCUUUAUAAGAAACAAUCGUUGAUACAAAAAUAUUCUACAUACAAGUGGCGCACCGUUGCUAAAAAACACUCUUGUGCCUCCCACAACUUCACCAUGAAUUAUUUUUCUGCGUGCUGUUUGCUUUCCAAUUUUAAAAAAUGAAUUUGUUUUAAAGAGAAAGCAAAAAUGGUUUUGUAUUUUUGGAAAUGUAAAUCAGCAUUGAGACAGCGAACACUAAUGAAGGGAACGUGGCUGGUGAUGAGUGAG